GAGUUGAGGGAGCGGGUGCUGAGAGGGAAGUACCGUGUGCCCUUUUACAUGUCAACUGACUGUGAGGGGAUCCUCCGUCGCUUCCUGGUGCUCAAUCCCACCAAACGCUGCACCCUUGAGUCCUCCACAACAAAGGCGGGCCUUCCAUGCCCGUCAUGCACCCGAAGAGGAGCCCGACCAGUACAGGUGAUCGUGAGCUGCGGGAGGGCCGAAUGCCUUCACGUAAAGCCAGCUGCAGUGUGAUGGGGAGCCACAGCCUGCCUCCCUCCAGCCCAAUGGUCAGCAGUGCCAACAACCCCAACAAGUCAGAGAUCCCUGACCGCCGCAAAGACAUGACUGCCACCACGAAUAACAUCCCUGGAAGCACCAUGACACGCCGCAAUACAUAUGUGUGCACAGACCGCUCAGGCGUUGACAGGCACUCUCUGCUGCAGAAUGGCAAAGAAAACAGCUCUCUGGGCCACCGCCUGCCUGCAGCUUCUCCCUCCACGCUCAGCAUCUCUGGAGCCGGAGCAGCUUCCUCCUCAUCCUCUUCAGAUCGAUGCCGCCUGACCCGAGGCUCCACCAUCCGCAGCACGUUUCACGGGGGGCAGCUAAGGGAUCGUGGCCCCCUGGUCUACUCUGCACCACCCACUUCACCCACCCUGUCCCACCAUGAAGCCAGCCCGCUGCCCCACGCCCGCACCAGGGCCACCUCCAACCUCUUCACCAAGCUAACCUCAAAACUCACACGCAGGGUCAACCUUGACCCUUCCAAGCGCCAGGGCUCAAACAAAUCAGUCUCAGGCUGUACUCUUCCACAAGGAUCAAAAACAGUUAGGUCACAAAUGAAUCUGAGGGAAUCAGGAGAUUUGCGGUCACAAGUUGCCAUCUACCUGGGUAUCAAAAAGCGUCCGAGCCCGGGGCCGUCGGACGUAGCUGGAAUCUGAGAGGCUGUGGGCGGCGAGACCCUGUGGAGGUGGUACUGGCUUUGCGGGAGGCGGCYCUCAGAUGUGGCUGCCAGGUCCACCAUUCCGGCCCCUUUCUG